AUGGAUAUACUAACAAGUCAAGGCAGCGCCACAUCAACAGUCGCUAACGAUCCAACCGAUUUUUGUGUCGUCUGCGGUGAUAAAGCUAUCGGAAAGCAUUAUGGUGCGGUUGCUUGCAACGGAUGCAAAGGAUUCUUUCGCAGAAGUGUUUGGCAAAAUCUGCAAUAUACAUGUCGAUUUAGCAAGCAAUGUAACAUUGAUAAAGAUCAUCGAAAUGCAUGUCGAUAUUGUCGCUUCCAGAAAUGUCUGGCAGAUGGAAUGAAACCAGAAGCAAUCCAAAAUGAACGAGAUCGUAUUGGUAGUACAAAACGAAAUCGUAAAAGAACUUUACCUGCUCAUUUACAACCAACAUCAACAAGCGGUGAUGGUAACAGUGAUUCGGGCAAGUAUCAUCAUUUCCCUUAUAACUACUCAAGAAUUCACGUAACAUUCCCUCCUUCAUUCACUUAUCCAUUCGUAACAUCUCGCUUACAAAAUGAUUCGCCAUCAUCAGCACGGUUUGAGCGACGCUAUAGUGAAGAUGAGGCAACAACAACGGCAUCACGUCGUCUUGUAGAAAUGAUUUUAGAUAUUGAAAGUAGACUUCAAGGAAAUCAGAAUAUUAAUAAUAUUCUUGGCGGUGAAGGACAAGAAAAUAAUUCACGACAAAGAAGUAUAUCGCUAAUGAUCGGUUGGGCUAAUUUAUUGCAUCCAAUUCCUGAAUUACCAUUCACUGAUAAGGUAUUACUACUAAAGCAUUGCUCACAAGCAUUUUCGCUUUUACAUACCGUUCAACGUUCACUCUCAUCAACUCAUAUCGUACUUCCUAAUGAUACACUCUUGACCCUUACACCAUUUCAUUAUCCCGAUCUCGUUGCUAUUGUAAGUCGUAUCAUGGAUGAACUUUUAACUCCACUUCGUCGUAUAAAUGUUGAGAAGGCAGAAAUUUCGGCAUUAAAAGCAUUGGUAUUGCUACAUCCUGAUGUAACAGGUUUAACUAUUUCGUCACGUGAAAAGUUACGUGAGGCACGUGAUGGUGUUUUACGUGCAUUAUUCACAUAUAUUAAGCAAAUUUUACCAUCUGGUGAUACCUCGGUACGACUUAGUAAUUUACUCCUCAUUAUACCAUCAUUAUAUUCUAUCGCACAGACACUUGCGCAAAACAAUCAAUUUGGUUUUUAUUUUGGGCUGACAGAUCAAACAUCGCCAUCAUCAAAUAAACAUGUCACAAUGAUGAACGAUUGUAUUGAUGAAUCGCAGGAUGUAAAGGAAGAUUUGCAUCAUUUAUCGAAAGAUGCCAACAAUGUUUUAUUCACCAAAACGCCAACCUUACUUGCUAAUUUAGUAGCAACUCAAGCAAUUCCCUCACAUGAUAAUUUACAAACUACAGCAGAAACACUAACAAAUCCAAUCACUCUACCAGUAAGUUCAUUUCAUUUUCAAUCAAUCUUGAAGAACAGUUGUGUUUCAGUAAAAUGA